AUGCGUCCUUGGAGCAAUACUGAAACUUCUCAUUUGUUAAUGCUCUGUCAAAUACAUGGCCGUGAUUGGCGAUUGAUAUCAAAGUUACAUGGAAGAACUCCAAAAGAGUACUUUGAACUUAAUCCGGUUCUUAGACGUCAACCAACUAGAAUCGUUCGUCGUCAGGAAUAA